AUGUUCUACACUAGAUGCGAACGUCGAGUUACUGCAGCUCAAAACAAGGAUCGCCCUGAUCUUGCAAAGGUCGGAUGGGACUCCUUGAAUUACGCUAAGAAUUUCAAGCUACCUCCUCUCGAAGACAAAAUGGUCAGAGUAAACGGGAAGACGACAACUGUGGACGAAUUUCGUGAGAAGUACGAAAAACCACGUGUUCCUUGCGUGAUUACUGAUCUUACGGACAAAUGGAAGGCGCAUGAAAACUGGACGAUCAAGGCACGUUACCAUAAGUUAUAUAAACUAUCGCAAAGAUUUGGGAAUUCAUACUUCAAGUGUGGCGAAACUCCGAAAGGACAAUCAGUUUUCUUAAAAUUCAAAUACUUUUCUGAGUAUAUGAGGGAAAACGAAGAUGACAGUCCACUUUACAUAUUUGACGAAUAUUUUGCACAGAACAGAUGUACAAAGCAAAUAUUGGACGAUUACGAAGUACCCCGGUUCUUCAGUGAUGAUCUCUUCGAAAUCCUUGGUACAAAUAUGAAACGACCACCGUACAGGUGGCUGUGGCUUCAAUCAUCCGACACUCCGAAUGAACUUGUGCACGUUCCGAAAGAUCAAUGUGGCAUUUAUCCCAAAGAAGCAGUAACUUGGUUCUCAACAGUUUAUAAACGCAUACGUCAGGGAGAUUGGCCAUUUGAUAAGUACCCGGUGUAUGAGUGUAGACAAAACCCCGGAGAAACGUUAUUUGUUCCUUGCGGAUGGUGGCAUGCUGUAAUUAAUGAGGACGAUACGGUCGCUAUCACUCAAAACUUCUGUUCGCCGACCAACCUUUUUCAUGUGUAUCCAACAAUUCGCAAACAGCGUCCUGGCCUUGACGAGAAUUUUCCUUGA